UCACUGCUGACUGUUUUUUGUACUGUUUAUCUUUGAAACACUUUCAUACUGGGAAGCAAAAAUGUUUACAUAAAUACCCCAAAAAUUCAGGGGAAGCAAGGUUUAAAAAAAAAGGUGUGUGUGAAUAAAAUGUAUUUCUCUGUGCUGUGAUCUGAGGUGUAAUGGGGGUAUGCAUACGCCAAAGACCAUGGUGCUCAAAAGCAGGAAGUGAAGUAAACCACAUGUGAUUAACGUUGAUAUCUAGAGCAGACCUUCACUGAGAGUUUUACAGAAGAAGCUGGUUUAUUUUCCACCAUGAGACCUAACUUCUGCCUGACCAUCCUUUGUGUCUUUGCAGCGCUCUUCCUCACACUGGAUGCUGAUAGUGAAGAUUCAGAUUGUAAAGUUGUAGUUAAAGUCGAUCGUAACACGGUUUAUGAAGCCUUGCUCGGAGAAGACCUUUGGAUUAACUGCACAGUUGAAUUCUGCAACGAUUCACUACCUAAGGUCUCCUGGUUCAAACGUGAGACCACCGAUGUCCCCGUCAAUGUCAGCAGCAGCAGUCACAUGAAAACAAAGUGGUUGAUUUUGAAACAUUUAGAUGGGAGAUUAUUUUUGAUCUUUCAAAGAAUUCGCAGAAACGACUCAGGCGUGUAUCAGUGUCAAAGUGGAGAAAGUGUCAGUCACAACAUCACCGUCUCUGUCCACGAUCAGCUCACCACUGUUAUGAUGACGACUUCGAAACCGGGGACUGAGGACACUUUUUGGCCGUUUGUGUACCGUACUGUCUGGAUGACGGUGAUUACCUUCCUAAUGCUGGCUUUACUUUUUCAUUUAAGACAUAGGUUUAAAGGAAAAUCCAGGGACACACUGAGUCGCCAGCCCUCCCAUGAUGCUUUGCCUACCACUCAUGUCUAUGACAACGAUCAGUAG